AUGUUUUACGAUCAUUACUGCUUGCCUACGAAUUCGACUGAUAUAAACCUCUUAAACAAAGCUGUUUUUACACUUGUGUAUUAUCCUCUCGGCGAGCAUCCCCAGACGGAGCUUGGCACUCCGACUCACUCGUGUUUCACUAGCAUCCUUCACCUAAACGAACUUCCCACAAAUCUCUCUUUCAAAAACGAUCACAUCCAAACGCUUCUCUCCGUUUUUUCACUCAAUGAAUCGCAUCUUUCACUCGAAACAAUAAACCAUCUCCUCAAUCGAUUCGAUCAAGAUCUCAUUCAGCGCAAAAUCGAUUCUACUUUUAUUCACAAACAAGAAGAAGCCUUCAUUGAAUCAUGCAAAGAGUUUCCUUUUCCAUCCACAUCCACAUCCACAUCAAUGAAUAUCCGCGGGCUUUAUCUACUCACGCGACUUCUGCGAAAACUGUUGAAUAACCGCGUUACGAUUCGAGAUGCCGAAAUGAACCCGAUUGGUUAUGGCCUCUACCCCUAUAUAACCGCGAUAAAUCACCACUGUGAGCCCAAUGCGGCGUUGGUGUUUCAGGGGAAUCAGCUGAUUCUGACGAGUCUUCGCCCCAUCGAAGCUUCCGAAGAAAUUCGAAUUCGCUACUUGGAUUCCUAUCGAAUUCCACGAAUCAAAGCGAAACUAAUUGUGGAAUAG